CAAUAACAUUGGCAAAAGGUAGAAGAUUGGCCGAGAUUUGAUCUAUGUAUUCAACUCCUAGACUGAUGACAAUAUUAAUUAUACUUACAUUGUUGUGGAUUAUUAUGCUGAAGAAGACUACUCCUAAAAUAUCAUCGACAACGAAGGAAUUAAAGACCGCAGCGAAAACGUUAAAAGAGGGAAAUAAAAUGAAGACGGCUUCUGAUGACAACACAUUAAUGAUAGAUGACACGGUCUCUAAGAAGCUAAUGAAGAAAAUUAGGAUUCUGUGUUGGAUAACAACUGUGCCAGGAACAUUAGACUCUAAAGCAAGGGCUGUAAACAAUACCUGGGCUAAACGAUGUGAUAAAACACUUUUUGUUUUAGCCGACGAUCCAUCUUUACCAGAAAAUACACAAAAAGACAUUCUCAGGGUCAAAGUCCCAAAUGGAAGAGAUCAUUUAACCGCAAAAACCGUUCAGACAUUGACAUAUAUUCAUAAUCAUUAUUUAACACAAUAUGACUGGUUUUUAAAAGCUGAUGAUGACACUUAUAUAGUGAUGGAAAAUUUAAAGUUUUUAUUGUCUCAUUAUAAUCAUAGAAAACCCAUUUAUUUAGGGCAUUUAUUUAAAAAAUAUAGUAAAUAUGGUUACAUGAGUGGAGGUGCUGGAUAUGUUUUGAGUAGAAAAGCUUUAAGAAUGUUGGUGAAGAAAGGUUACAGAAUACCGGGUAAAUGUAGAGAAGAUGGCGGUGAUGAAGAUGUUGCCCUGGCUCACUGUUUGCAGUCUGUUAAUAUACAUGUUCACAGCACUGUAGAUAAAUUUGGAAGAGAAAGUUUUCUACCAUUUAGUGGAUUUGCUCAUGUUUAUGGUCCUAUGCCACCCGGUUUAGAAGAAUGGGAUAGAAAUACACCCAAAAUUGGUUCUGAGUGCUGUAGUCAAUUGUUGAUUAGUUUCCAUUAUGUGAAACCAGAUUUUAUGUUGAUGCUGGAACACUUACUGUACCGUACAAGUGUUUAUGGACGAAAAAUAACCGAGGAAGGCGUGAGAAAUCUCUUUAAAAUCGGUGCUGUAAAACCUCUAACAUAUUCGCCAAAGCGCUGAUCUUUGUUAAGCCUCGUGUUUGUAUUGGAUUUGCCUCCCACUGCUACAUUUUUUAAAAAUCUUCCAGCUUUUGUGAAAAUCUUAAUUGACACUAUAGUAAAACGGCAAACACCAGACUAACCCCCUUUCUGAACCUAUGACCGGAACAGCUGCGUUCCCCUGUCUUCAGAAUUACUACAAACAAAAUAUAAAACGCAAAGUUCCCUUUGCAAUGUUAUUAAUGGUGUCUGGAAUUGCGGUCAUUUUGUGUCAUAUUAGAUUUUAGGAAAUUCAAAUAGAGGCAAAAAUUUUGUGUAGGACAGAUCGAGCCGCCGAGUGCACAGGCCUGGUUGUGUUGCAGUAUUGCUUCCGGUUCCUGAGUUAAACUACUUCCGGUUCAGGUUUCUGCACUUCCGGUUCAGGUUUAGGUUUCUGCACUUCCGGUUCAGGUUUCUGCAACACCGGGUCAAGCACUAGUUUACAAUAUAUUAAAGUGAAAUAAAGUUAAUUUACGUCAAAUAGAAACGAACGAUAUAUGCCAAAUCUAGAAUUGAUUUGAAUUUGAGCUGUAAUCUUUUGCAGUUUUAUGUAAAAUCAACGAUCUGCUUGAAUCAAAUAUGGACGUUACUUGUAUUAAAGCAGCAUUGACCAUCACCGAGGGCUGGAGAAUUUGAAGGAAAACGAGGCUUGGUAGACGGUCCUACUCCUUGUCAUAAACACGCACGCAUAGGUAUUAACAGUUGAGGUACCACCCUAAAUGUGUGAUAUUUUUUUGUAAUUAAAUUUUUUUUGAUAAGUGGCAUAAUUUAAUGUCGGUUAUCUAGCAACCACUUGUUUACAUAUAUAGAGGAUAUUUGUCGUUUUAGAGUGAAUAACAUAUUUUAUUUCAUCGAGAAGCAAGAAAACUUAUAUUUUCACGAAUGCGUAGCAUGAGUGAAAAUAUAAACGUUUUCUUGCUUAGAGAUGAAAUAAAAUAUGUUAUUCACGACAAAACGACAAAUGUUCUAUUUAUUUUAUGAUUUUACAAUCAUUUUAGGUAAAAACAACAUGGACUACUGCUAGCCAGUGGAAUAACACUUUUAUUUCACUGAUAAAACGCGGUAUUCCACUACUGAUCAUAAAAUAAAUACUCUUAUUUACUUAAAUAUAAGUUUAGGCUGUGAUUCCAAUCAUGUCAUGCAAUUGUUCAAAGUAAAAAAAGGUGAAUUUUAUAGAUUUCAUAUUCAUAAC